CAAUGCUCAACCCAUCCAUUAGAAGGUCAAGAAACAUAAGAUUUCUCUGAUGGCAAUUCCAAUUGCAGCAGUAGCUGGAGGUAUUGGAGGGGCAUUACUACUACUGGGAGUUAUACUAAUUUAUUAUUUCCUUAUGCAUCACUAUAAGAACUCUUCAAACAGGAACUCAGACAGUGCUUCAUCAGAUCCCCCUGCUGUUGUGGAGCCAAGAAGGGAAGGAGGGGAGAGCAGUUCAGAAGCAAAGGCAAGGGUGUUUAGGCUGAGAGAACUGGAGCAUGCCACCAAGCAUUUUGAUGACUCUCAUCUCAUUGGCUAUGGAAGCUUUGGUAUGGUUUUCAAAGGCCUGCUUUAUGAUGGAACCAUCGUCGCUAUCAAAAGGCGCUUGGCCGCUCCCCGGCAACAAUUCACUGAAGAGGUGGUUCACAUGUCAAUGGUGCACCAUAGGAACUUGGUGAGGCUUCUUGGAUACUGUCAAGAGAGUGGCUACCAAAUGCUAGUCUUUGAGUACUUGCCCAAUGGCAGCAUGCGCAAACACUUGUAUGAGACGGGAAUGGAUUCACACUCGACGAAGCUAGAAUUCAAGCAAAGGCUUUCGAUUGCUAGUGGAGCGUCAAAAGGUUUGUGUCAUUUGCACAACCAUCAGCCCCCAAUCUUGCAUGGUAACUUCAAGACAGCUAAUGUGUUGGUUGAUGAGAACUUCAUUGCCAAAGUUUCAGGCGUAGGGGUGUCAAGGCUACUCGAGACGAUAGACGAUGUAGGGCCUUCCCAUUCGGUAAAUCGGGCAAGCGUAUUCAGAGAUCCAGGUGUGGAUCAAAACACUUUGUUGGGUGAGGCAAGCGACGUUUAUAGCUUCGGGGUGUUCCUUUGGGAAUUAAUAACUGGAAGAGAGGCUUCACAUAUAGGUGGCUUGGGAUCAAAUGAACGUUUGCUUCAGUGGGUAGAAACACAUUUGAACGAGAAUGAUUUGGUGGAUCGACGGUUGUCAAGGAGUUUCACCAUGGAGGGAAUGGGGGAUUUCAUCAAACUAGCCAUGAGAUGCACAAGUUUUCCAAGUAAACAAAGACCUGCAAUGGAAGUGGUGGUUGUGGAACUAGACAAAAUUCUUGACAAGGAGAUCAUGCAUACAACAUUCAUGGGAGAGGGCACUACCACUGUUACUCUAGGCAGUCAACUAUUUACAAAUUAAUUAACAGCAUAGUAGUAUUUAUAUGUAUAUGAUUUCAAGACUUAACACAAAAACUAUCUGACAUAGGAGCUAAAUUGAUCUCAAUUAAUGUCAGCACUCCAAUUUGUAUGUAUUAGUUUUCAUUUAUUAAAGAAAUGUAUAUCUUCAUCACGCUGGCUCAAUAUCGACCUAAGAACCCACACAUGUUUUCAAGUGUUCUUGAUGGAACUCAUUAACACAUGAAAAAUGUCUAUACAUUUAUAACCAUAAAGCAUUGAGGUCUAACAAAACAUGUUCCCAUUGUUAUCAUAUUAACAAUCUACAUUUAUAUCAUGUUGUAUUUUGUUGCAAUGCAAG